AUGGCACACGGCGGCCGCCGAGGAGCAGCGCAGGCUCGCGCCUACUCCUUCCCUAUCCUCCGCAACAUGGUGAAGCCAGGCCGCCUGGCAAAGGCCGCCCGUGAGAAGGCCGGUCUGGAGCGGAAGCGCCAUGGCAACUCUCAGCCGGAGGACAAAGACGCUCCGCCAGCGCUUGCCGACGAGCUGUUCGAGGAGGAGGCGGAGCUGGCGGAGAACGAGGGCUUCAUGGACUGUGAAGAAGUAAUCUCUACCGACCCGCAUGUUUCCGGCGCGGUAGAGAACAUGAUUGAGGAAGCGGAGCGCAAGGCAGAGCUUGCCUUAGCGGAAGCGGAGAUGGCGGCUGCAGAAGCCGAGAGCGCCGAAAUGGAGCUGGACAUGCUCCUGAAAGAUUUGGGUUUGAGAGACUGA